AUGCCCUUCAUGAUGCCCCUCCUUCUCGACGACAAGAAGAAGGUGAUCGUGAUUUCACCUCUCAAAGUUCUCCAAUUGGACCAGGCUGAAAGAUUUCAAAAAAUGAAGCCGUCGGCUGUUGCUGUUAACAGUAACACAUGGAGUUCUGAGCUACAGAAGGAUCUCGAGCAAGGGAAAUAUUGCGGCAUAUUCACAUCGCCGGAGAUGUGUCUGAAGCAUACCGAAUACCAUAUCCACCUAACCUCAAGUUUUCAAGAUAUAUGUGCUGUUAUUGUCGAUGAGGCCCAUUGGAUCACGCAGUGGGGUGGAGAUUCCUGCACCGCCUACAGUGAGAUCAUAAAGCUGCGUGCCUUCUUUCCGCCCAAUAUUCCCAUCCUCGCUACCCCUGCGACUCUCCCACAAGCUGCCCUCCAGGAGGUUCGCUCUCAGCUCGGCAUCGAUGCCGCAGACAGUUUCUUUCUCAAUCUCGGCAACGACCGCCCCAACAUCGAGUUCUCUGUCCACAAGAUGAACUCGUCGACCGACUUCAAGGCCCUCAAACCCCUCCUCACUCGAAAGCCCAACCCCUCAACACCUGAUGACUUCCACAAGAGCAACAUCUUCAAACAUCCAUCUCCUAACUCCUAUAUCCUGCUAGGAAUACAAUCCCCUCAUGUAGUUAAGACUGCUGAAUCUAUUCUAUCAUAA